UCGACCGCGGAAAGUGCUUUUUUGUGCGUUCAAAUGCUUUUGAAAAGGGAAUCGACUGUGUGAAUAUCGGUGUGACGGAGCCGUUCGCUUUAAUUUUUCGCGAUUGGAGAAGUGAGUAUUCUUCUAGCGACACGUGUUAAAAGUAUGGUGAAUAUGGAAGGAUCGGGCGAGCAGCAAACGGUGACAGCGUCGCCGUCGCCGCGCGUUGUCCUCAAGAGCAGCUUCAGUAUUCGGAGCAUCCUGCCGGAGGCGUGCGCGGGAACUCCGGCACCGAGCGUCAGGCGAUCCUCGUCUCCGGAGAUCAGUCACGUCGACGAUAGCGAAGAUUCGAGCGAUCUAGACGUGACCGGGGACGGUGGCACCGAAACCCCGCCCUUGGAUUGUUCCAGAAACUCGGUCAACUCGACCAACUCGCCCGAGCAGAAGGAUUCGAAGGAUCGACAGACGGACGACAAGAAGAAAUGCGAGAAACCGCCGUACAGUUACAACGCACUCAUCAUGAUGGCCAUACGUCAAAGUCCUGAGAAGAGGCUCACCCUGAACGGUAUUUACGAGUACAUAAUGCGUCAUUUUCCGUACUACGAGAACAACAAACAGGGUUGGCAAAAUUCCAUCAGACACAACCUAUCGCUGAACAAAUGUUUCGUUAAAGUUCCGCGACAUUACGACGACCCGGGAAAAGGAAAUUAUUGGAUGCUAGAUCCAAGUUCCGAGGAUGUGUUUAUCGGGGGCACGACCGGUAAACUCCGUCGAAGAACCACGGCGGCUUCCAGAUCGCGAUUGGCUGCGUUCAAGAGAAGCGUGGUUCUCGGUGGACUGUAUCCAUCGGCGUACGCUCCCCCAGGAUGGCCAGCGUCCCUGUACACGCUGCCGUAUCUUCAUCGAGCUGCUGGUUAUCCGCCAGCGACCGGAGCCUACUCCACUCCCGCUGGAUAUCCAGCGAGUUUAUUGCCCGGCGCGGCGACCAGUUCGGCCGCCAAUUUACCGUGCAAGCCGCAACCGUUGCCAGCCACAGCCGCGUCCCCGCAACACGGUCCAUUCUCCAUGGAGAGGUUGCUGCAGCCUCCGACAGCCGCUGGAUAUCCGAACGGCAUCGCGACAUCCGCCAUCCCCGUCUCCGGCAGUCCCUACGACUUCUACUCGACCCUCAGAUCGUUAGCAGCGCAUCAACAGCAUCAGAGUACCGCCGCGGUGUUUGCUCACAGUCAGCAACCAGUCAGAUAUCACGCGAAUCAAACUCCUCUUUUAGGGCCGGCGACAUCGGCUGCGGGGUCGCCAGGAAGCAGCCCGGAGCCGAUGUCGCCGAACUCACCACCCAUCACCGUCUGUAACACCGCUGUCGUACAGCAAUCCAGAUCUCUCCCGCACAGUCCGCCUCAACUACUGUUGAAACCGAUCACGGUUCUUACCGGGAGACAGAGCUGAACGAACUCGCUGUACUAGGCUCGCUAGUUUUCCAGUACAGCUCAUCCGUCGAAAGGAGUUACGAUACCUACCAGCAACGUAGGUAGCUCCGACAAACCGAAAAUCAAAUCGAUUCGAAACUUGCGAUUCGUCUGCUCCGGAUCAGAGUACGUUAACGCUCCGGCGUUAUCGCCAGUUUCUCUCCUCCUCACCCAGUUAAUACGUACAUAGCGAUAUUAUAUGUACAUAUACUUUCUGUUAUUUGUCUAAUUCCUGUAAAUACUAGCUUUUAAGAGACGCAUCGAUCUACAUCGAUAGAGUGCAACUUACGCGAGAUUCUUUAAUUCCACCGAUCGUCGAUACGCUGGCAGAAUGUGCGAUCGUUAAACCACAAAAGAGUAAUAUAAUGACUAUCGUAAAUAUAAAGCAAGAUUCGUUUAGGUGAUCUCCCGUCGUCGAUCGUAGACCGCGAUAGUUUCAUCUUAGACGCGAAUCCCAAUCUACUACAUAGUGAU